AUGCAGUCCGCCGAAGCCAAGUUCAACAGGAGCAGUCUCUUCUUGGCCCUGAGACGAUACAACUCAGCCAUCAGGGACAUGGAGCAGACCAUCCUCCUGCCCAGCCUGCUGCGAGACGUGCCCUCUGAAGACGUGUGGGACUGUGAUGCAACAGAAGAGUCCUGCGGAGACUUAUACGACAGCUACCUGAUGCUCAAAGCUCUGAGGAACACGAUAGAGAGUGGCUUGAUUUCCAUGGAUGACCACAAGGCCAAGAAACAUGUGACACUCAACAAGACCCUGGAACCUCUCUUGGACACAGACCCCGAGGCUGUCUUCUGCUUCCACCUGAGAGGAUUGUUUUCUGUGAUGAGUGAUCUCACCAAGAAGUCUCAAAGCCUUACUGAGAAAUACAUGGACAUUAUUGGUGUGGCAAAUUGA